AUGCAGACAUCGGCGGUGGAGCCUGUCAAGGAUGACGAGCACAAUGCAUUGCAACAGCAUUUACAACUUGAGGCAUUUCGUGGCAAGUAUCUCACAGCACAAGAAAUUCUUCUGGUGCAGCUUUUCCAGUCGGAAACCGAAGUUUCUUCAUCCAUUGCUGGAACAAAUAGCACAAACUCUGAUGUAAGUCUUCCAACUCCGUCCACCGCGUCUCCAGGUUCGCUAAAUAAAGUUCGAGGGGCUUCAUCGGCGCGCAUUACCUCCCUUGGAUCGAUGGGAAAAGCAGUAGCUGGAGGCGUCACGCCACCGUCCGUCGCGACGCCCAAGCCACAGGUUUCGACGGACAGAGCUCGAGUGCAGAGUUUUCUCGCUCAACGGUCUUCAGCAUCGGUAGGCAUUCCGAGUAGCAACAUAACCGGAAAUUCAGGGGCUACGGCGGCUAAACAACCCAUAUCAGUGGUUGAAAGGGCUAAACUCCUGAUGGCCAAAAGGACCGGCGGAACGAGAACAUCGUCAUCCGCCGCUGUAAAGAGAACAAAUCCCUUGACAGACAUUCUCAAAGGGGGUUCCGGUAGUGUGGUCGGGGGAGUGCAAAGUAUCAAAAAAUCGAAAAGUGUUAAGAGUAACAAGCCAGGGGAGAUCAAGAUUCAGGGGGGGCGUACUUCAAUUCAGUUACCGUUGGAAAGUUUCUUAAGAAAUGAAGACUGGGACUCGAGUACCGGAACUCCAUUAGAUCUGGUGCUUCCAGAAGUCGCGUUUGCCACUAAUAACACUCUCAUCAUUCAUGCAACACUACCUCCGCGUUCGUCAAGAUGCUGCUUCAAUAUUAGCACUCAGUCGAGUAUGCUCAGUGGUGCGCCGUAUCCUGGUACGGUGCUGUACCACUUCAACCCGCGUCGUCAUCGUGGAGGACAUAUCAUUCAAAAUAGCAAUAUUGAUAGUCGCUGGGGAUGCUCGCAACCGUUGCCGCGGUUCCCGAUUACAUUUGGUGAGCCAUUUACGCUCCGUCUGACAAUCGUGUCGACUGGCCUCUUGGUUUUCAUCGAAGAAAUUUUUCAAGACGAAUUUAAACAUCGUGUGCCAAUUCGUGAGGGCGAAAACCUUGUGCUGACAGUCCCUACCCGCGAUGAAAAUGGAAAUCCAGAGAGCGUUAUUGUGCAUAGCGUUUGGUGGGGCCACGCGGAAGUCCCGUCUAAUCUAGAUACUCGUCGACGAGGAAGCAAUGGCCACGCAGAAGCACCUUCCACUUUGGAUACUCGUAAACGUGAAAGCAGUGCAGGAUAUCGAGGUGGUGAUCGUACUAGCCACCGCAGUGGUAAUUCUGGUAGAGGUGGCGACCGCUUUCAUCCUGCGCCACAUCCGUACGAAGUGUAUGUGGGCAAUCUUCCCCAAGGCACUUCGCGAGAGGAACUUUCAUUUUUAUUUCAGUACCUCGGUUAUGAAUCGGUACGCAUCACCGCUCGUGGGUUUGGUUUUGUGACGCUGCGUAGCGCUGAGGACAUGCAUCGAGCGGUCGAAGGGCUGGAUGGGAAAGAAUUUAAUGGGAUGAAGCUGCGUGUGUCUUGUGCACUUCCUCCAAAGUGA